AUGUCUUACACGGAUCCAACAUUUCGAAAUUAUGCACCUGUUGCGGCGGCGAACUACGCUGCUCUGAGACCUUUGUAUCCUGAAAAGGUCAUCAACACUAUCAUAGAGGUUCACAAAUCGACGGGAGGCCAAAUGGAAACUCUGCUUGAUGUCGGAUGUGGUCCCGGAACUGCCACCCUAUCACUGGCGCCCUUUUUCCAGCACGCUUUUGGAGCCGAUCCUGGUGAAAGCAUGAUUGAAAGAGCACGUCAACACCCACCUCAGACCGCAAACGGUGAAGAAACCAAAUUCGUCGUUUGCGCCGCGGAAGACCUCAUGUCAAUUUCGGAUAUCCAAGUAGGAACUGUGGAUCUUAUCACCGCUGGAACUGCCGCACAUUGGUUCCAGCUUCCUACAUUCUAUGCCUGUGCGGCAAAGAUAUUACGACCAGGUGGAACCAUAGCUUUAUGGUGCACUGGUUCGUUGUAUUGUCACCCACAUUCAACACCCAACGCUGCGAGGGUCCAGGAGGUCUACUCCAGACUUACACAGGAAAUUCUCGGCCCCUAUGAGCUACCGAGAAACAAGCUUUAUCGCAAUUUAUACGAGAACUUGGAACUUCCGUGGACGAUCCAAGAUAUGGACCCAAGCACUCAGGGUGCUAUGGAAGCCUUCGAUAAGUCUAACUUCAAACGCGUCGAGUUCAACAAAGCCGGCCAAGUCGAGCCUAACGAGGGCUUUGUGCUUGGCAUGACUAGCUCGCUCGAUAUGCUACAACAAGGCCUUGGGACAGGAAGUGGGGUUGCCAGAUGGCGUGAAGCUCACAAGGACCAACUGGAGAAGGGAGAGGUUGAGGACUGUGCUGCCUACAUAAUCAGAAUGUUAAAGCAGGCCAUGGCAGAAGGGCCAGGAGGCAAAGAAAGAGACUGGAUAGAAGGAGGUACCCCUAUUGUUAGUGCUGACCAUUGUAGCACAUUCCAUGAUUCGGGUGGCUUUGUGGAACAUGGUAGCAACAUCCCCGGUCGAGACCAAUUUUAUAUAAGAAUCGAGAUCCAGUCACGCUGUAUCUCUGUGAAUGAGAGCACGCACGAGACCAAUAUGACGCUAGAAUCCACGCUCCGAAUAUGUAGGAGCAACCUUCUCCGGGGGACUAUCAAUAUUUCAGGCUCUAAGAACGCAAGUCUUCCAAUUCUUGCGGCUACGCUUCUCAAUAUCGGUGAGAAUAUACUAGAAAAUGUACCACAGAUACGAGACACUGCGCAGAUGUGCUUCAUUCUGCAGUAUCUAGGAGCUCAUAUCUACCGUCCGGAUGAUAGCCUGCACAUUGAAACUUCAUGUGUUGGGCCCAGGACUAUUCCAGAAAGCCUUGCAGGCACCUUGCGAGGAUCGAUUCUCUUUCUUGGACCUCUGUUGGCACGUUAUGGACAUGCACAAAUUGCAUUUCCAGGAGGAUGUGCAAUAGGUGCUCGGCCAAUUGAUCAACAUAUCAAGGGUCUACAAGCCCUAGGGGCUGAAGUAUCUUGGAACGGAAAUAUGGUUGAGGCAAAAGCUCCUAGUGGUCUACGAUCUGGGGAAGUUAGGUUCGACGUACCUACCGUGACCGGCACAGCAAACAUCCUCAUGGCCGCUACCAGGAUCGAGGGCACCACAGUCAUAUACAACGCGGCAAGAGAGCCAGAGAUCGUGGACCUGGCAGUGGUUUUAAGCAGAAUGGGGGCCAUAAUCGAGGGAGCAGGCACGUACUGCAUUACUAUCUCUGGUAGAUCAUCAUUGUAUCCCAUAUUACAUCGACUUAUGGCUGAUCGCAUCGAGUGCGGGACUUAUAUGGUGGCCGGCGCUUUGUUCGGCAUUCCGUUGACGAUCCUAGGUGGUGUGCCUACUCAUCAAACGAUGCUCCGGGAGAAGCUUGAAGAGUUUGGAGCUAGAAUUGUCAUCAAAGGCGAAACCAUGGUAGUCUAUCGUGCAACAAACCCAGGACCUGUAACAAUCGAGACUGCGCCAUACCCGGGCAUACCGACUGAUCUGCAAGCACCGCUUAUGACACUGGUAGUGACCGCAGCAGGAGUCAGCACUAUUACUGAGAAUAUGUUUGAAAAUAGGUUCGCUCACGCGUUAGAGCUGAAUCGGAUGGGCGCUCAAAUUCGUCUUGAUGGAAAUUCAGCCAUCAUAACAGGAGUCUCAAUGCUAUCUGGGACGACUGUGGUAGCCUCAGACCUACGAGGAGGUGCUGCAUUAGUGUUGGCAGGCCUUUUCGCAAAUGGCUGUACUAGGAUCAAGAACGCUGAGUUGGUUGAUCGGGGAUAUGAAAAGAUCGAGGAAAAACUCAAGGGCUCAUCGGCUAAAAUAUGGCGCGAGACAAGGGACGAUGCAGGCUCCUCCGAGCACAAAUGUUAA